UGGUCAGUAGUAGCGGUAGUAUCUUUGUUUAUGUAGAACCGUCUCCUCACUUUCACCUCUUCUCCAAGCCAUCUCUCUUUCCCUUCCUUCCUGGGCGCAAAACACACACACACACACGCACUAGACUAGACUGCCUUACAUUAGGGUUUUUGGCGAUCCUUUUUAGGCAAUUAGAAGUAGGAUUAGAAUUAGAUUCUCACAUUUAAUAAACCCAAUCUAUCCAUGAAGCAAAUCUAUCUUAAAUCUAUCUCCUCAAACUUUGUUACAGAUUAGCCCUAUUUUUGUUUAAUUCAGUUUCUGCAAAAUCUUUUCUCUUUCUCUCGCACUCAGACACUUCUGCUGGAGAUUUACUGUUUCGAUCAAUGGCGUCGACGGUGCCGGCGAAAUCUCAGCCGCUUCACAAUUUCUCAUUGUCGCACCUGAAAUGGAAAGGCAAUCACCAACGUCCUCGCUCGGCUUCAUCUUCCGCCGCCAGGCUAUCUGCCUCCGGCUCGCCUCACCGAUCGCCGCCUUUCAGUCAUGAUUCUCCACCGCGGAGGCAGUCGCUUAACUCUCCCUUGCGCAGCGCAGCAGACUCAGUUGCUGCAUCAUCUCCGUCUCGUCAUGCAGCGAUGCUCGGCGGCGAGGACUCAGCGGCGUCUCCGAUGCUACAUGGAGAUGGCGCAGAUGAAUUAACUGCGCCGCUACUGAAUCAGUCUCCGGUCCGUGGCAAUGGAACCGGAAAGCUGGAGUCUUGUGUGAAAAGCAGCAAGCCUUUAAUUGAGUACCGGAGGCACUCUAGAUCUUCGGUUUCUUCUGGUGUUAAGAAUGGAGCAUUUACAUCAUCGCCUGAUCGAGAUGAGAGAAAAUUGAAGGGGGCAGGGGCAGGGGCAGGGGCAGGGGCAGGGGUAGAGGCAGAGGCAGAGAAUAAUGAAAGCAGAUCUUCGAAGUUUCUGAUUAAAAUCCGGCAGAAAGCCAGCAAGUUUGCGGAGGAAAUUCAACCUGAAGAGGAGGGAAAAGCUGAGGUAAAAGUCCAGGAUAAUGAGGUUCAGGACGAGGGGAAGCUACUGGCUAGUUUUGAUGACGACGAGCCGUUGCAAAAGACAUGGAAUUUUAGGCCAAGGAAACCAAUAAGGCCGUCGCUGAAUUUGAAUGGAAGUGGUUUUAAGAACAAUGGAUCCACAGUGCAGCACGCAAAAAGAGCUCAAUCACCGCAGGUGAAUCCCAACAGUGGUAAUAGAUCAGAGAAUCAGAAGAAGGAGAAGAGGAAGAUUGGAUUCACACUUGCCCUCUCGAGAGAAGAGAUUGAAGAGGAUUUGUUUGCUUUACUGGGAUCUAAGCCUUCUAGGAGACCUAAGAAGAGAUCAAAAACUGUUCAGAAACUAAUGGAUAAUGUGUUUCCAGGUGCUUGGUUGCAAUCUAUAACUGCGGAUUCAUAUAAAGUUUCUGAACACCCUGGAAAGGCUUAGCUUAGGUAACAUCUUUUGGGAUUGUCCUAGUGAUGGAGGUUUCUGCAAUUUUUUGAUGCAAUCUGAAGAAAUAAUCAGCAGCACUGACUUGUAUAGAUAAAAGGGGAGUUUUUGGUCGGGGGAAUAAGUUCUUUUCCAUCAUGUGGCUAGCUUUUGCUGUUUUCUUUUGCUUUAUCUAAUUGUGGGCAGUCAGAGAAUUGGGUGAACGUAGUUUGAUAUGUUAGUAGUUGCAGAUGUACAUAUGAAUUUUUGGAUAACUUAAUAGAGUUUUCUUCAGUUCUAUGUUGCUUAUAUAGAAUCAAUUGACAGCU